AUGGCAUUUGCGUUUUGCAAACAACAAAAUGACUUCCGGUUUCCGUUGGAAUUGCAUCGCAUCACAUCGCAUCCCAUCGCAUCGCAUCGCAACACAGCAAACUGCACUGUUGGCAAUACAACAUAUGCACAUGGACAGACAUUCAAAUUGGAUUGCAAAACACAAUGUGUCUGCGAGAAUGGCCGUCAUGCUUGCUCAUCGUUGUGUCCGAAAGAACAGCUUCCGGCACCGGAGGAUACAAUUUCAUGCAGAUCACCUCGAAUGGUUGAGGUACCAGGCCAUUGCUGUAAAAUGUGGCUGUGUGAGAAUCCGACAGCUGAUGGUGGUUAA